GGAAAAGAGAAGGGAGAGAUAGAAAGAGGGAGGAAAGUCCUGCUGGUGGUUGAGUUAAAUGGAAUGUGCUGAGAGCAGAAUAAUCAAGUUUCAUUUUGGUGGAGAAAACACUCGCCACCAUGCCUAAAUAUGAGGGGUUUGAUUUCUGGAAAAUUACACUGAAAGGCGCUCGUUACAUAGUUGCUCCGAUGGUGGAUCAGAGUGAGCUCGCGUGGCGGUUACUCAGCCGGCGUCAUGGCGCCCAACUUUGCUACACGCCCAUGCUUCAUGCCCAGGUCUUUGUUCGGGAUGCAAACUACAGAAAGGAGAACCUGUAUCAUGAAGUGAAUGCAGAGGAUCGACCGCUUGUCGUUCAGUUCUGUGCAAAUAACCCAGAGGUAUUUGUCCAGGCCUCUCUCCUGGCUCAGGAUUACUGUGAUGCCAUUGAUCUGAACUUGGGCUGCCCGCAGAUGAUUGCAAAACGAGGGCACUAUGGAGCGUUUCUGCAGGAAGAAUGGGACCUCCUGCUCAAAAUGAUCUCUGAGGCACACGAAAAGAUUUCUGUUCCCAUAACAUGCAAAAUCCGGGUUUUUCCCGAAAUCAACAAAACUGUGAAAUAUGCAAAGAUGCUGGAGAAAGCGGGCUGUCAGCUGCUAACUGUUCACGGCCGCACUAAGGAACAAAAGGGGCCGCUGACAGGGGUAGCAAACUGGGAGCACAUUAAAGCAGUGAGGAAAUCCGUGAACAUUCCCGUGUUUGCGAAUGGUAACAUUCAGUACCUGAGCGAUGUGGAGCGAUGCUUUCAGGAAACCGAUGUGCAGGGGGUCAUGAGUGCUGAGGGUAAUCUUCACAACCCUGCUCUCUUUGAGGGUAAAAAGCCACCUGUGUGGGAGAUAACGGAAGAGUAUUUGGAAAUUGUUAAACAACACCGAUGUCCACUUUCAUUUGUCAGAGCCCAUCUCUUCAAACUCUGGCACCAUACGCUGCAGAUUCAUCAUGAGCUGAGAGAGGAAUUAGCAAAGGUGAAGAGUCUGGAGGCCAUCGCAGAAGUCAACAAACGGCUAAAACGAAAGUGUCAGGAAGCAAUAUCUAAUUGGAAGAAAGAAGAGGACAGAGAAAAUAGUUUGCCUUUCCCUCACUGGAUCUGUCAGCCGUAUGUACGCCCAGGACCCAAGGAAGUUACUUCAGAGAAUGGAGACCAGCAAACAGACCGGAAAACAUGUGGGAAAAGGGCUCUGGAAGAGGAGGAGGGAAAUUCUGAAUUCCUUUCGAAGAAUAAACAAAAAAAGAAAGCCCGAAAUCCAAAGAAAAACUUUGAUACCUCAGUAAAACCUAAAUAUGUAAAAUGUGAACAGUGCGGAAACCCAAAGGGAACAAAGUGCAUCUUCAAUCUUUGUAGGGGAUGCUGUAAGAAAAAAGCUUUCAAAGAGUUGGCCGACUGUGCAGGACAUGGAUUACUCUUCAGAACUAAACACGAGAAGAGAUUGGAAUGGAAAUUAAUUGAGGAUGGAAUACUAGAGAAUGGAGACAAGAUUGAAUCACAUUUGGACUAGAGAAAGAAAUCUAUCUACUCCUACUUCCUGGAAAGAUGAGCUUGUUUAGAUCUAAGCCUGAAAGUUUCUAAAACCAGGUUUCAGUCUGGUCUGAUGCGCAUUCUCAAAACAUAUAAACAUACACAAGGCUUGAGCGAGGGCAACCCGAGUUGACUGGCAAAAUAUUAAUGUUCGAGUUUUUCCGAUGAACAUCCCAGUCACCUAGUAACAAACAUUAGUCGCAAUCACAACCCAAUUCCCAAUAAUCUAGUUUGGACAUCCUGGGGCUGUUCCUGUUGCCAAUUGUCUGUUUGACAAUGGAAGUCGACACUUCUGCAUAUGAAGCCACCGAUUGUGCCCACCUGUUUUAAGUCUGAAUGCAUGUUAAGAACACAAACAUACAACUCAAAUCAAUCUUUGCAGAAUAGAUGGAUAAAAUUGAAACGUGACUCAUUUACAUGCUAGAAAUGCUCCCAGUGCUGGUUAUAAAAAGAUCAAUUUCCCCAUGUCCCAGUGCCUAGCACAUUUUUUGGGCAAUUUUUAAUGCUCUGAAAAGCUUUGUGUCCUCCCAAGAAGAAAACAAAAUUCAGUAGAUUGUACUGCUCUGCUAAACACGUGUGACCAUUGAAGUAAGUUGAUAAGACUGCAUAAUUCAUAACUACUAAAACAAAUAGAAAAAGGUCUGCAUGGUACAGCAAGGAGCUAAACCAUGACAUAUGUGUUGCAUUAUUUUUUGUGGUGCUUAUGAAAGUGAAUUAAACCCUAUUGCAUUAACCACAUCUGCAUCAGCGAGCAAACUAACUUUCCCCAGAAAAGCCAUAUUAGAACCAGAAUCUCAAAGAAUCAUCCUUCACUGUGAUUCCCCUGCACUCAAGUGUCUGGUAGCUUUCAUUGACCAUCUUUAAUCCUUUGAGAACCUGAUGUCCAGUAACAGACAAUGUGGUAGAUUUGGCAUUGAGAUUGAUGGGUAGAUUGUCAGCUUCACAGAGCGGUUUCUGCAAUAACGGGUCACAUAGGAGUUGUCCACUUUUGAUACAUCUUCUCUGGAUUAAGCGAUUUCUUUACGUGAAGCAUUGAUUCACUUAAAAAUUCUCUCUGGUUAAUAAUAGUUGUUUUUGAUAUAGCGCUUUAUCACAUCUUCGAGACAUCGUAAACCACUUCAGAAUAUAUUAUAAAGUGAAUUUACUGUAUAUUUUAUAGGCAAAACGUGGCAGCCGGUUGCGCACAGCAGUGUCCCACAAACAGUCGUGAAUUGAGUGACCAAUUUGGGGGGAUUAUUACCCUUGGAAAAGCGAUCUGCCAAUUGACUAACAACCGGGUUCCUACUUACUGCUAGGUAAACAGAGGAGCAAAAAACGAUGUAAAAUGAGAAUAGAAUUUUCUAAAAAAAAAUAUUGAGUUCACUUAAGUUCAAUUGAAUAUAGUUUUGAAUUGCAAAUAAAGCUGAAUGGUCCUUCCUGGAGUUAAUCUCUUACAGUUGCAAUUCAGAUAAUGGUCAAAAUUUCUCCAGGACCAACAGACAUUCAAUCUUUCUAUUUGUGUUCUGUCACAUUAGCAUCAUGUGAAUAAAAUAUACACAAAGUGAUUGGAAUUCAAUGACCAGAUAUAGUUUCUUAGCAGUAAAAUUUGUGAAAGCUGCCAUCUGGAAGCUAUGAAACAAAAAAUGGCUAGUUCUGUAGUGAGAGCUUUUACUUCAAUCAAAAUAAGCUGUUAGGGGGGAGGGAAUACAUAUUAUGGUGUGUGCUGUUUGCUUUUUUUUAAACACUUAUAGGACGUAGCAUGUGAUAGAGUGGAUAUCUAAUCUGUGCCACUACAAUUAAGGCAUAAAUGUUCAAGUUAUUUUAUAAGAUGUGGCAGGUGAGUUCCUUAGUGGAUCAGCUUCCUUUCAUCUGAUGAAAAAUUUAACAAAUGUCCUUAUUAACAAAGUACAGUGUUAAUUGUUCUGGAUUUGCAGUAAUUUGCUUAUCUGCAAAAAAAACGUUCCCCAAACAUAACGGCUAUUUUUUAGCUGCCGUUGUCCUAGGAAUUAAGCUUCAAGAUAAUCUUAUUUUAUUGGAAGGAAAUUGACAAUCAAUUUACCUAUUAGAAUUUUGCUAUUGGCAUAUUCUAAAGUUCUUUUCCCCAAUCAUAUUUUUUCUUCCUUACUCUCCUGCAGGCAUCUAAACGCUUAAGAAGGCAGUUGACAGGCUUGCAGUAAGAACUCUUUAACUGACUUUCACCUCUGUAACCAAGGGCACUGAGGCCAAAGCUUAAUUGUUAAUAUUACAUUUAUUGGGACGUUUAGGAAUGAAUAAAUUAAUGAAUAAAUAGGAUUGGCUAUAUAGGAUAAAAAUUGGUUUAGUCAUUGGGAAAAUUGAUGCACAAAUGGCUUGAAAGUUUUUCUUUUAACUUUUUUUUUAAAAAAUCAAGUUGGCUCGGAAUUGGAGAGGCCAGCAGCAGAUUUGCAGAAGACAAAAUAAUGAUCAUGUAGUUUAGUUUUUUCUGGUUAGCUUACUGUGUUGGGAGCCCGAGAGCUUACAAUGAUUUCUUUGUGGCCAUAACAAUAAUGACAAACAGUUCUAGAACUAUAAAUGCGGGUGUGUAUAAUAUGUAUAGGUUACACAAUUUACAUUGGCUCUUUGGUAAUUUAUUCUUUUGAGUUUGACACUAGUCUCAUAUUGAGUGCUAGGACUUGGUGGCAGGAUGAGGAGCUUGUUUAGAUCCAACGCUGGCAUUUUCUAAACCCAGGAUUUAGAAGAAUAUUUUACUGUGCCAAGCUUAAGGAAGCAUUUUACUGGAAUGUCAGUAUAUCUAUAAUUUUUUGGGACUGUUAAUAUUUUCCUUGGAAAUAUUUAAUAAAAACAAUUUAUAAUA